CCGCCUUCUGUUCGGCUGGUUCCAGCCGGCACGGGGACACAACACGCGUGCGCCAGGCGGGCGGGCGCGCUGCGGCUUCAAGCAAGCAGCAGCUCCGGUGCACGCCGCCUUUCUACCAGAGCAGCCGUGCGGUAACAGCAGCAGCUCCGCGCUGAAGGACUGAGGGCGCAGCAAGGCGGUGAGCCGGACCGGGACGCGCGACACAAAAGACUUCUCAAGGCAAGAGGGAUCGCGGUCCUGCGGCAGCGCUGCGCGCGAUUGUCUGGCUGAUUUCUCCUGCUAUCUCCGCCCGGCGCGACUUGGCUUCUCCCCCGGAGCGCCGCGAUGGAGGUCCCGCCCCGGCUUUCCCAUGCGCCGCCGCCAUUGUUCCCCUCGGCUCCCGCUACUUUAGCCUCCCGCAGCCUCUCCCAUUGGCGGCCCCGGGCUCCACGGCAGCUCGCCCCGCUCCUCCCUUCGCUCGCUUCCAGCUCCUCCCGGCAGGGGGCGCGCCGGACCCAGCGCCACGUCACCGCCCAGCAGCCCACCCGAUUGGCGGGCGGGGCGGCUAUAAAGGGAGGGCGCAGGCGGCGGCCGGAUCUCUUCCGCCGCCAUUUUAAAUCUAGCUCCAUACAACGCUCCGCCGCCACUACCGCCGGGACCCGAACCGCGCGCCAGCCCCUCGCCGACGGCUCCGCCACCAUGGAGGACAUGAAUGAGUACAGCAACAUAGAGGAAUUCGCAGAAGGAUCCAAGAUCAACGCGAGCAAGAAUCAGCAGGAUGACGGUAAAAUGUUUAUUGGAGGCUUGAGCUGGGAUACAAGCAAGAAAGAUCUGACCGAAUAUUUGUCUCGAUUUGGGGAAGUUGUAGACUGCACAAUUAAGACAGAUCCAGUUACUGGAAGGUCAAGAGGAUUUGGAUUUGUGCUGUUCAAAGACGCUGCUAGUGUGGACAAGGUGUUGGAACUGAAAGAACACAAACUGGAUGGCAAAUUGAUAGACCCCAAAAGGGCCAAAGCUUUAAAGGGGAAGGAACCCCCGAAAAAGGUUUUUGUGGGUGGACUGAGUCCAGAUACGUCAGAAGAACAAAUCAAAGAAUAUUUUGGCGCCUUUGGAGAGAUAGAGAACAUUGAGCUCCCCAUGGAUACGAAAACCAAUGAGAGAAGAGGGUUCUGCUUCAUCACCUACACAGACGAAGAGCCGGUGAAGAAACUGCUGGAGAGCAGAUACCACCAGAUAGGUUCUGGGAAGUGCGAAAUCAAAGUUGCACAACCCAAAGAGGUGUACAGGCAGCAGCAGCAGCAACAAAAAGGUGGAAGAGGUGGUACCGCUGGUGGAAGAGGUGGAGCUAGGGGACGUGGAAGAGGUCAGGGCCAAAACUGGAACCAAGGAUUUAAUAACUAUUAUGAUCAAGGAUAUGGAAAUUAUAAUAGUGCCUAUGGUGGUGAUCAAAACUAUAGUGGCUAUGGCGGCUAUGAUUAUACUGGGUAUAACUAUGGGAACUAUGGAUAUGGACAGGGAUAUGCAGACUACAGCGGUCAACAGAGCACUUACGGCAAGGCAUCCCGAGGGGGUGGCAAUCACCAGAAUAAUUACCAGCCCUACUAAAGGAGGAAGUGGAAGAAAGCAGGUGUGU